AUGGAUUACUCAUUGAUCAAUGAAUAUGAAAACAAAAUGUUGGCUGGUUUGUUACGAGAAUUUCGAACAUAUUUAGUUCCGGAUAUAAAGAAGAGAAUUCAGGAUGUACGACAAAAGCAAAAGUUGUGGCAUGCUGUAUUAAAAGAUCUAGAUCAGAGAAAAAGUAAGGUGUCAAGUGUACAUCUCCUGGAAAGAGAAAUCAGAGACUUUGUUUCUAGACUUCAGAAUGUCCUUGAAACUUAUUUCAACGAGUACCAACGCAGAAGAGGCAGAAGCAUAAUGGGAAAAUUCAUUGAUGAAUUCAAAUUCUUCAAGAUGGCUGAUUUAGAUGUUAAAGAGAUUAAUAUGCAGAUAAGGAUGACCAGUUGGUAUUUAGAUUUUGUAGGAGCAUUGAGUAAGACAGAAACUCAGUUAGCAAAUGAGAAUCCAGAAACCGAGAUCCGACAAAAGUUGAGGAGAAGCAUCUUUGACUCUGGAGAAAACGAUAUUGUUGUGAAGGAUCCCAGACUUCGAACUAUAAAAUCUUCUCUGCUUGAUGGCAAAGACGGAGUUAUUCGCAUAUAUGGCAGAGGUGGCAUAGGGAAGACCGUACUUGCCCACAAGUUAUAUAGUAGUCCUUCUGUUCAGUCCCACUUUUACAUUUGUUCUGCGGUAGAAAUUGGCCCAGAAUUUGCAUUAAGAAAUGUUCUUGAAAGUAUUGUAGUACAACUUCCAGAAGGGAGAGAGAGAGUAAAGCAACCAGAUCUAACACUUGAAACAGUUGCAGAACAUUUUAAAGAAUAUGGAAAAAAUAUGAGAUACUUGUUUGUUUUGGACGACAUACGGUCCCUGGAUGAACCAGAUGGACUUGAUGAACAAGAUGGACUUGAUGAACCAGAUGGAUUUGUUCAUGUGAUGCGGCGUUUAAGCCCAUUUGACUCUUUCCAGUUAUUUCAGAAAACAUUCUUGAGGGACCCUUACGGAUUAUCUGCCUUAUCCUCUAUUCUAGGCUUGAUAAAUUUUUUAUCUUAUGUGGUGUGUAACCUACACGCCUAUUUAAUGUUAGUCGACAUCUACAUUAUGGAUAAAAUGAUUGGAAUGAAUGAAACACAGAGAAUUAAAGAAUUAACAGAUGCUGAAUGUCCAGGUCAUUUUACGCGGUUCAAAAAUUCAUCGCCACUUAAAGGAAGAAUCCAGAUUGCUCUGGGUAUUUCAUCUACUGUCUUCUCACCUAUUCUGGACUUUAAGAUCCUUAGCUUUGACUUCCCUGCUAGAUGUCUCUAG